GUCUGCGCAGCCAAUUCGCUGGAGGCUUUUUCUCUGGGUGUUGUUUUGGAUGUGUGUGUUAAAUAUAAGGGGCGUUUGGAAUGAGUGAGAGGUACUCGCACCUCCCGCAGGAAGGUCCCACCAAUCCCCCCCACUUGUUUUAGUUCUUGCUGCCCGGCGCCACCAUGACUUCCCACUCUCAGGGAAGCUUCGACCUGUCUCGGAGGAACCCGCAGGAGGACUUCGAGCUGAUCCAGAGGAUCGGGAGCGGCACUUACGGUGAUGUUUACAAGGCUCGAAAUGUCAAUACUGGAGAGCUGGCAGCCAUUAAAGUUAUUAAGCUGGAACCUGGUGAAGACUUUGUCAUUGUACAGCAGGAGAUUAUUAUGAUGAAAGACUGUAAACACUCGAACAUAGUUGCAUAUUUUGGCAGUUACCUCAGACGUGACAAGCUAUGGAUUUGUAUGGAGUUUUGUGGAGGUGGAUCACUACAAGAUAUUUAUCAUGUGACAGGACCUUUAUCAGAACUGCAGAUAGCUUAUGUGUGCAGGGAAACACUACAGGGCUUAUAUUAUCUUCACAGCAAAGGAAAAAUGCACAGAGACAUAAAGGGAGCAAAUAUUCUUCUGACAGAUAAUGGCCAUGUGAAAUUAGCUGAUUUUGGAGUUUCUGCACAGAUUACUGCAACGAUAGCAAAAAGGAAGUCGUUUAUUGGGACUCCAUAUUGGAUGGCCCCAGAGGUUGCGGCUGUGGAGAGGAAAGGUGGAUAUAACCAAUUAUGUGACAUCUGGGCAGUUGGCAUAACUGGUAUUGAGUUAGCUGAACUUCAGCCUCCAAUGUUUGACUUGCAUCCAAUGAGGGCUUUGUUUUUGAUGACAAAGAGCAACUUCCAGCCUCCAAAGUUGAAGGACAAGAUAAAAUGGUCAACGAAUUUUCAUCAGUUUGUAAAACUGGCACUUACGAAAAAUCCCAAAAAACGACCUACUGCUGAAAAGUUAUUGCAGCACCCAUUUGUGGCACAGUCUUUGAAUCGUACACUCGCUAUAGAAUUGCUUGAUAAGUUGAACAACCCAGAUCAUUCCAGUUACCAUGACUUUGAUGAUGAUGAUCCUGAGCCUCCAAUAUCAGUUCCCCAUCGAAUUCAGUCUACUAGCAGGAAUGUAAGAGAAGAAAGAACACGGUCAGAGAUUAACUUUGGACAAAUAAAAUUUGAUCCACCCAUGCGGAAAGAAACAGAGCCUCAUCAUGAACUUGUAAGUAAGCCCUACUGUGAUGAUUUUUUGGACAUUUCAGAAGAGAUAUACUACACAGCAAGACCUAAUCUGGAUUUGCAGCUAGAAUAUGGCCAAGGAUCCCAGAGCAGUUAUUUAUUAGGUGGAAAUAAGAGUCUUCUAAAAUCAGUAGAAGAGGAACUGCAUCAGCGGGGACACGUGGCACAUUUAGAUGAUGAUGAUGGUGAUGAUGAUGAAUCUGAACACUCGACAAUGAAACCCAGGAUUCCACCGCCUCUUCCUCCCAAGCCAAAGUCAAUCUACAUACCACAAGAAAGCAAUUAUCCUGAAGAAGAGAAUCAAGGCACAAUCAAGAGAUGCCCAUCUGACAGUCCUGCACGACCAAGUACACAAGUGCCACCAAGACCUCCCCCUCCUCGGUUACCUCCCAACAGCAGUUAUAUCAGGAACAGCGCCCUAGGGAAUGGAGUGAACUCCAUGCAGGUGAAUGGGGAGAAAGACAGCAAUUCUCAACAGCUGUAUGAAAACAGAAGUAGUUAUCCACCAGGGCUUCCUCCAAGGAAAGAUAAGAAGGACCUCCCUAAACCUAUUAGCAAUGGUCUUCCUCCAACCCCAAAAGUGCACAUGGGUGCUUGUUUCUCUAAGGUUUUCAAUGGUUGCCCACUGAAAAUUCACUGUGCAACAUCAUGGAUUAAUCCAGACACGAGAGAUCAGUACCUCAUAUUUGGUGCUGAAGAAGGCAUUUAUACUUUGAACCUUAAUGAGUUACAUGAAACAUCAAUGGAGCAGCUUGUCCAAAGAAGGUGCACAUGGCUGUAUGUAAUGAACAAUGCAUUACUUUCAAUAUCUGGAAAAGCUUCCCAACUUUACUCUCACAAUUUGUUGGGUCUUUUUGAGUAUGCUAGACAAAUGCAAAAAUUGCCCGUCUCUAUUCCUGCAUAUAGGCUUCCUGACAGAAUACUUCCAAGGAAGUUUGCAGUAUCUACAAAAAUUCCAGAUACAAAAGGCUGCCAAAAAUGUUGUGUUGUAAGAAAUCCUUACACAGGACACAAAUACCUUUGUGGUGCAUUGCAAUCCAGCAUCGUCUUGUUGGAGUGGGUUGAGCAAAUGCAGAAGUUUAUGUUAAUCAAACAUGUUGACUUUCCUCUGCCAAAUCCAUUGAAAGUUUUUGAAUUGCUGGUGGUUCCAGAACAAGAAUACCCACUGUUGUGUGUUGCUGUCAGUAAAGGAACAGAACUUGGUCAAGUAGUACGAUUUGAAACUGUCAAUCCAAAUUCUACAUCCUGCUGGUUCACUGAAACAGAUCAAUUGAGAGGCAAAUAUAUGCCACAGGCAAAUGUCAUCCACGUGACCCAGCUGGAGAGAGAUACAAUAAUAGUCUGCAUGGAUCGAUGUUUAAAGAUUGUAAAUCUCCAAGGCAGAUUGAAAUCUAACAGAAAGCUGUCAUCGGAACUAACAUUCACUUUUCAAAUUGAGUCAAUAGUUUGUUUACAGGAUAGUGUUCUUGCUUUCUGGAAACAUGGAAUGCAGGGAAGAAGUUUUAAGUCAAAUGAGAUUACACAAGAAAUAUGUGAUAAUUCAAGAAUCUUCAAACUUUUAGGCUCUGACAGGGUUGUGGUGCUGGAAAGUAGACCAACAGACAACCCAACUGCCAAUAGCAACUUGUACAUCUUGGCUGGCCAUGAAAACAGCUACUAAGUGCCAUCAGAUUUUUGCAUGGGAGUGUACAUAGAAAAUACACAAUUGCUUUCUUCAGCGUUGGAGAGUGUUCAAGGUUGUUCAGAAGCCACAGUAUUGUCUAUUUGUCAUAGACAAACUAAUCAAUAUUUUAUUUAUUGUGGCAUGAAACUUAUGCAGAGGACAUUUUAAAUGCCACAACCACCUUAAUUUCAAAAUACUACACAAGUGCUUGGUUUACCAUAUGUAAUCUUUGUACAUAAAUGUGUAGUUUUUUUCAGUAUGUACUUCAUUUUGUUGAAGUUGCACACUAUGACUCUUAAUGUAGAUAGUAGUGCAUAUGAUGUACAGGUAAGUAUUUUACUGUACAGAUGUGUAUAGGUUUGCAUGAUGCAAAACUUAAUUUGGGUACAGGUACUGCUUUUAAGGAAUUAUUUUGGUUUUACUUUAUUCAGUUCAGAUUAGUAUAUAUUUUGCAACAAGAAAUGAGCAGUAUACCCAUCUAAUCAUCUGACUAACACUGUUGCAUUUUAAAGUGUAAUUUAGUAAUUUGGAUAUGAAUUGUAAUCCAAACCUUCAUCCAUUUGUAUGCUUGUUGGUUUUAACAGUUUUCUUGCAAGUACACUGGUAUUAAGUUUGCACAAUAAUGCUGAUAAAAUGUGAUGUAUUUUACUCAUGUGGUUAAGUGGUGAACUGUAAGGCUCCAUUUGGAUUUAAUUGUCCUAUUUUCAAGAGCAGUAGAUGAGUGCUGCAGUUUAAUAGCUGUUCAUGUCUUUUAUAGAUCAUGUUUUAAACACACAAAAUUGGGUUGGCCAACUUUUACUAUCCUAAUGUCAUCUGGAUUUUACUUGGUAAAAAGUAAAUACGAUAGUAGCUUUUCUCUGCUCUGAAGUCAUGAUAACCCAAGCUGGCAAGACUCCAGAAGCAAAUAAGAUUGUACUUUUUGUUUAUGGAAAAAUGAAAACACUGUAAAAAGCUUAAACUAACUAUGAUACCAACAUGCAAAAUGUUCAAAAAGUCUUUGUUCAUAAUGGAAUACACAACUUGUUACACUAUAUCAUUGCUUAAUAUCACUCAGUAACACAUUUUCAGCUGCCAAUAACUUUUCUACAUGGUAGGAUUUGAAGCAUCCCAAUUCAGUUUAUCAAUUGAAACGGUUCUUUGUGUAAGCCUAAUUCUGCCAAAUCUAUAAACAUACUUCAGCAUUUCUCCCCAAACUGUUGUAUGCUCCUUUACACAUAGCAAAAGUUAGUUAAGUGUUUCUACCUCAUGUAGAUAUAAUUUUUGUGGGAAACACUCAGCACAAAAAUAUUAGUGAUAUUAGAGGUAUUCUGAUUCAGUCAAGUUACAGUACCUAAUAUUUGUAUAAAGUAUCAACAUAAUUGCAUAUACGGGCUUGUUACUUUUUUUAUAUAUUUCUAUGUUUUCAUUUGGUAUUGUCAUUGGGAACAAAAUGUUUUGAUUUGUGUUGAUUAGCCAAAUUACUGACAUGAUCCAUUCAGAUGUUUCCUGUUUUGUACAUACUGUAAAAUAAAUUUGAAGGGUUUGCAUUUAA